AUGCCACCGAGGAUACACAUCAGGCCGCGGGCCCUUCGCCUCCGCACCCCGUGCUCCACCACGCCCGUCUCCCGAGUCGCAGUCGCCAGCUAUGCAUCGAUAGGACCCGUCCAGCCGACUCCUGCGCCGGCAUUCGAACGAGGCGCUCGGCCAGCUGCCCCCAUUGUCCUCUACCCUCCCACACAACCCCCCUCCCACAAGCGCCCCGAGGAGCGCAAGACGCAACUCCACAGGCAAUACCAGUCGCUCCUGAAGUCGUCGCCCCUCCUCCUGAUCUUCCAGCACAACAACGUCAAGGCUGUAGAGUGGAUGGGCAUAAGAAGGGAGCUUGCAGUUGCCCUCCGCAAGAUCGACGCCGAGCGUGUGGCGGCCGGGCAGGAGCCAAUUGCCGACCAGGUCAAGAUCCAAGUGAUCCAGACCAACAUCUUCGCCAGCGCGCUCAAAGUCGUCGAAUUCUUCAACCCCACCGAACUUCCCACCGACGACCCCACCGACCCCCGUACACCCACAAGCGCACGCGUGCCCCUCACAGGCAACAACGUGGAUGACGAGCGCUUCACACACGGCCUGUCGAGGCACGCCUAUGAAGUUGCGAACAACAGGAAGCUCAAGCACGAUCUUGAGCCCCUUAUGUCCGGACCCCUUGCCGUCGUUGCAUUCCCCUCCGUAUCGCCCCAGCACCUCAAGACAGUGCUCUCCAUCCUCUCGCCCUCGGCGCCCGACUUCCCUGCGCCUAAGCGCAAGGCGAACCCAGACUACUACGAACCUGCUGUACAGACUGGCUUGCAGAAGCUGAUGCUCUUGGGCGCAAGAGUCGAGGGCAAGGUCUUCGAUGUUGAGGGCACAAAGUGGGUGGGUGGCAUCCCAGGCGGUAUCGACGGCCUGCGCGCAUCGCUGGUGCAGAUGCUGCAGGGCAUUGGUGGCAGUCUCACAAACGCGCUCGAGGGCGCAAGUAGGAGCCUGUACUUCACUGUGGAGAGCAGACGAAUGGACAUGGAAGAGCAGGAGAAGCCCAAGGAAGAGGAGAAGAAGGAAUAG